GCUCAUGCAAGUCAACAUCUCCUGCCCUACAGACCCGCAUCCUCUGACAGCAACAGCUAUAACACCACUUACACCACAGUCCUGCCUCAGUCAUCCACACAAGUCAAGACCCCCAGGCAUCCAGGCCGCAUACAAGUACCACCAGUCAAGUUGGCGAACCUCACUCCCAGAGUCAUUGUCACAAACACCAUCCACAACGGCAAGACUCGUUCUCGUGAAACUUCCACCGCGACUGUCACUCCACUGCCCGUGACCGACUUCGCCGGCCAACACCACUCGCGGACUUCACGUCCUCCUCCUCUGGUCAUCCAGCCAGAGCUACCCACCAACACUAGACGGUCUCGCAGCCUCUCUGCCGACGCCAUGUGCAAGACACACAUCUACACCUCGGUGGCCCCGAACGGCCGCCUAUACGAGCGCACAGAGCAGGAGUUCUGCAAGCGCUCGCGCCACGGCGUCAUCUGCGACCGCGACACUACCUACAACCACGAAGAAGCCUACACCAGCAGGCUCAGCCCGCGCGCUGCAUACAACUACCCUCCCACGCCUCCUCGGUCAUCCCACUCCCGUGGCGGCUCUGACUCGGGCAGCUCAUCCAAGCGCCGCUCGAGCAGCUACUACAUCGAGGGCGACAGAAUCGUCGACAUCCGCAAGAGCUCACCCGCCCGCCGCUCGCGGCGCAACAGCUUUGCCGUCGAGUUUGAAGAGCCCACCGUGCUUCCACGGCGGCACACCUCUGUCCGCCACACGGCCCCUCCCAGCCCUCACCUGAACGACGACCUCUUCCAGGUCUCCGACCCCAAGCAGCUGGAGGAGAUGGUGAAUGGCCGGCCCGUUCGUGGGAUUCUCAAGGGCAGCGGCACCCGGCGCGCAUCGCGGGGCUCGCACGCCAGCGAUGAAGAGCGUUACCUCUACAAGGGCCGGAUCGACCUGCUCACCGACAACCAGGAAGAGAGGGACCGCGCGGCACGCCGCCAGAAGAAGAUUGACCAGUCCAACAAGGUCAUCAACAGCCGGCCCGCCCACGUCCCUGAAGUCCCCUCCGUCAGCAGCAGCAGCGGCAGCCGGUCCUACCGCCGCGGCUCUGUGGUGCUUGACCCCGCCGAGGUGACGGCCCGCAUGCGCGCGCUGGACAUCCAAGACCAGCGGCGGCAGGAGAAGCGCGAGCGCCGCGCCGAGGAGGAGCAGCAGCAACGCUUGCGGGACCGUAUGAGCCCGCGGGGUGCAGACUCUUACUACGUUGGUUCUGCGCGCCAGGACCGGUACUACUAAAUGCAAAAGCCCUUCACUUCUCGUGGAGACGAAAAAAAAAACACUACGCAUGCAGCACGUUUGUACUUUUUAGACUAUUGAGCAUUUAGCGCACGGGCGGUAUCACUAUUGGUUAUUGGCUUGGGUCAACUUAUACCUUGUAUUUUGGAUGGAAAGCAGGACUUCUUGGAAAAGGGUACCGGGUCUCUCGUCAUGUUUGACAUCAUUUUUUCUCAUUUUUUUUCUUUUUUUGAGGAUUUGGCAGAAUUGUCUAGCAGAUAGAGAAUGCACACCAAGCGAUACCCCCUCAAAA